AUGGCACAGAAAGCAGUCGUAAAUAGUGCGACGGAUCUCCCGCUUGACAAGGCACGAUGGAUCACUCUCAAGAAGAUUGAUUGGACGGAUCAAGAAGGUCAAAGUAGGACAUGGGAGAUGGCAGAGCGCAAGACGCGUGGGUCUGCCGGCGUCGAUGCGGUGGCCAUUUUGGCGAUUCUGAAUGCGCCCAAUCGACCACCUUCGACUAUCAUCAUCGAGCAGUUUCGACCACCCGUCAAUGCCUAUGUCAUCGAGUUGCCCGCUGGGUUGAUUGACGCCAACGAAUCGGUCGAGAGUACGGCGUUUCGUGAGCUCGAAGAGGAGACGGGGUACAAGGCCGAUAAAGUUCUCGAGAUAUCGCCUCUGAUGGUGUGUGACCCAGGGAUGUCAUCUGCGAAUAUGAAGCUCGUUGCGCUCAACGUGCCCCUUUCCGAGUCGGAGACAGGCCCAGAUGGAAGGCCAAAGUCGCCCAAGCAGAAACUCGAGCAAGGAGAGCAUAUCGUGCGUAGGGUCGUCGAAAUUCCGAAUCUCAAAGCCGAACUAGAAGAGUACGAAAAGCGCGGAUUCGUCGUCGAUGCGAGGCUGUCGCAUUUCGCAAUUGCGUGGGAUAUGGCGACCAAGUUUGGGGCUGGAAAGUUGUAG